GCUUCUCAAUGGAGUCUGGAUCUCCUCCCUACAUGUCUUGUAUUUUAAGACUUAACGUUCGUGCUGAAGGAUGGGAGAGCUCGUUGAGUGAAGUUUUAGAAGGCAUCAGAGAUGUCUCCUGCACCAUUGAUGCAUCUAGAGCAAUAGCUUAUGUUUCUGGGGAAACAGACCCAUGUAUCAUCCUCAGGAUCAAAGAUGCUGGCAAACAUGUUCAGCUCCUAAAAGUAAAGUAUGGCUACAACCCAUCAGAAAUUUCAAGCUAUCAAUCUCCUCAACACUAUCAAUCUGCCAUCUCUCCACCCUAUCAUCCUCAUCAUCUGCCUCUGCAACCUGUACUACAACCACCCUACUGCUACUCUCAUUGCCCACCUCCCAUCUCCCACUCGUGUACCUGCUCAUCAACCUAUCCAUCCUGCCCUUACUAUGCGCCUUCAAAUUUCCCGUCCCCCUAUCCAUCUUGUCCGUACUAUACGCCCUCCGGUCAGUAUUUUCCCCAGUCACCACCACCACCACCAGCAGACUUCAAUAUCGGGGAACCACAGUGCAGGAUUAUGUGAAAGUGUUG